UAUCAGUGGGCUACCAAAUUAAAGCCAACGGACUAAACAAAUAUCUUACCAUAGUCAGUGUAGCACGUAAUUCCAGCGGUCAGAUGCGAGGCCAAGAUUGCAGUAGUAGCCAGAAGUGCACGGGGUCCAACUCGAAGCGUACCACACUGAUUACUUGGUUACGACUAGGCCCAGAAGUACGCAUCGACCUCGCCAUACUUCCAUUCCAAUGAGGGCGGACAGAUGACCGAACGAAAACCGCACAAAUGCUGUGGAGAGCUGCUGGCGUGCCAAAUAUCCAUCAAAACGUGUGAUCGCCGUCAGCAUCUGCAAUACUACGCCAUUCCCUUCCCAAAAAAAGUAUCUAUAGACCAUUACCCUAAGCGCUCUCCUUUUCGCUCGAGCGUGCAGGGAAGGGUCACGGAGAUGGAGAGCGCUAUCCCCAAUCCCCCCAACGCAAGGAUCGCGGUGGUCACCGGCGGGAACAAAGGGAUCGGGCUGGAGGUGUGCCGGCAGCUCGCCGGCGCCGGCGUCACCGUCGUCUUGACGGCCCGGGACGAGACGAGGGGCGCAGCCGCCGUGGAGAAGCUCAGAGAAGCAGGGCUCUCCGAUGUCAUUUUCCAUCAGCUGGAGAUCACCGAUGCCCCGAGCAUCGCUAGGUUGGCUGAUUUCUUGAAGGCCCGUUUUGGGAAGCUAGAUAUCCUGAUAAAUAAUGCUUCAAUCCUUGGGGUUGAAUACCUCCUAGAUCCUUCACUGACCAGCGAGGAAAAGUUCAGUGGCAUGGAUAAGGGUCAGAGGCUUGAGUGGCUGACCAGUGGUGUCCGGGGGACCUACGACGCUGCCAGAGAGGGCCUGCAGACAAACUACUACGGCACCAAGCAUGUCAUCGAAGCCUUACUGCCGCUGCUGCAAGCUUCUUCCGAUGGGAGAAUCGUUAAUGUCUCAUCCGAAUGGGGCCUAAGGCUAAUCACCAACGAGGAGCUGAAGCAGGAGCUGAACGACGUCGAGAAGCUCACCGAGGCGAGGCUGGACGAGGUGCUCGACGCGUUCCUGAACGACUUCAAGGCUGGGGAGCUGGGGGCGCGCGGGUGGCCGGAGCAUUUCUCGGCGUACAAGGUGUCCAAGGUGACCAUGAACGCCUACUCGAGGAUCCUGGCGACGCGGCACCCCGAGCUGCGCGUCAACUGCGCGCAUCCCGGCUACGUGAACACCGACAUGAGCAUCCACUCCGGGCCCCUGACGCCCGAGGAGGGCGCGGCCAACGUGGUGAAGGUGGCGCUGCUGCCGGAGGGCGGGGUCACCGGCGCCUUCUUUGCAGACGGCGAGGAGGCGCCGUUCGUGGUUGCUGUGGUCACCGGCGGGAACAAAGGGAUCGGACUGGAGGUGUGCAGGCAGCUGGCCAGCAAUGGCAUCACCGUCAUCUUAACAGCCAGGAACGAGGAGAGGGGCGCCGCCGCCGUGGAGAAGCUCAGAGACGAAGCAGGGCUCUCCGAUGUCAUCUUCCAUCAGCUGGAGGUCACCGAUGCUCAGAGCAUUGCUCGAUUGGCUGGCUUCCUGAAGGAACGUUUCGGGAAGCUAGACAUCCUGGUAAAUAAUGCCGCUAUCGGCGGGGUUCAGAUACUUCCCGUCCAAGAUCUGAGCGCCGAAAAGUUCAGUGGCAUGGAUGCGAGGCAGAGGGCUGAAUGGAUGUGGGAAAAUUGCCGGGAGACAUGCGACGCUGCAAAGGCAGGGAUCCAGACCAACUACUACGGCACAAAGAACGUAACCGAAGCACUUCUGCCUCUGCUGCAAGCCUCCUCUGAUGGAAGGAUUGUCAAUGUCUCCUCCGACUUCGGGCUGCUAAGCCAUUUCAGCAGCGAGGAGCUGAAGCAGGAGCUGAACGACGUCGAGAAGCUCACCGAGGAGAGGCUGGACGAGGUGCUGGCCACGUUCCUGAGCGACUUCGACGCCGGCGAGGCGGAGGCGCGCGGGUGGCCGGCGGCGUUCGCGGCGUACAAGGUGGCCAAGGCGGCCAUGAACGCCUACUCGAGGGUCCUGGCGAGGCGGCACCCCGAGGUGCGCGUCAACUGCGCGCACCCCGGCUACGUGAAGACCGACAUGACCAGGCACUCGGGCCUGCUGACGCCCGAGGAGGGCGCGCGCAACGUGGUGACGGUGGCGCUGCUCCCGGAAGGCGGGCCCACCGGCGCCUUCUUCGCGUUGGGCCAGGAGGCGCCGUUCGUGUGACAAGGCCCAGCCAGCCAUAAUGGUGGCCGCGUACGGCCCAUGGGCCUUGCCGCCUUGGCCUCUACUGGGCCCCCUCGUCCCGUCCGCCGCCCUCCUCAAUUGCCAAUUAUUAUCUAGUCGGACUAGAGUUCUCUAUUUAUAUAAAAAAAAAAUCUAGAGUUCUCUAUUAUCUAAUAACUACUGAUUUGCUGAUUUGAGAAUGCGAAUAAAGGAUUUUACUUGAAAAAGAAUGUGAAUAAAGGAUUGAUGCUGGCACUUA